GAGUCAUUGUAUCUUUCUUUUUCUAUCACACUUUUGUCUAUUUCCUUAUCACUGUCCAGGUGCAAAGGCAGAUCAUAUUGAAGAAAUAACUAAAUAAACCACUCAUGAAAAUGGACUUGGCUCCAAGAAUAAUACCAUGGGUGUCUCCCAAACUGUUGAUAAAACUGCCUAUGGUUUUGCACUCUCAUAUAUUCUCCACUUCUCCCUACUAUCUCUCACACCAUUCACCACAUAAGAGAACUCCUCCCUUUGUCACCCCAGAAGACCACAAAUUCUCAGACAAAAUCACAAGUCUUGCACUCAUCCAAAUUCUCUCCAGCCUUAACUCUUUAGUUCAGGAAAACCCAAAAUCAUCAGGACAGAAAAUAUGAGUUCUGCAAGCGAAGCUUGGGUGGUGGCAGCAAGCAUUGGGGUGGUGGAGGCAUUGAAAGAUCAAGGGCUCUGUACGUGGAGCUAUGCAUUGAGAUCAGUUCAACACCAUGCCAAGGCCAACAUCAGAAAAUAUUCCCAGGCUAAAAGGCUGUCUACCCCAUCUUCUCCUGCUUGGUCAAAGAAACUGAGAGAUGACAAGUUGAAGGAAUCUGAAGAGUCCCUAAGAAAAGUUAUGUAUUUAAGCUGUUGGGGUCCUAAUUAACCCCUCCUCCCUACAUUAUUUUGUGUAUAUAAUGCUAAAUUUCUAUCAGAAACAUGGCUCAACUUCCUUUUUCUUUU